GGUCGCGUUUUGCGCCAGAGCCAUUGACAGCAAUGUUGACGCUCAGACGCUUGUCGCAAGAGCGGCAGCAUGUCAGUCGACAGCGCUUUUGUAGGCAGUAUAGCCUCGCCCGAAGCGAAAAGCCGAAUCAGCGAUGGGCCAGCGAGCACGAAUCCAGAGCUGCACGACUCGCCGAGUGGAAGGAACAGGCGGGCAGAAUCAAGGCGGGCGCGCAGCAGAGCAUGCUGAGUCUGCUGGAAGAGCGAGGAUUCGUCAAAGACGUUGCUGGCGGUCGCGACACACUCGACUGGGUCCUCACUGAGAAGCGUAUCGGAGUCUAUGUAGGCGUCGACCCUACCGCGCCAUCCCUUCACGUCGGACACCUGCUGCCUCUCAUGGCGCUGUACUGGAUGUAUCUCCACGGCUACUACACCGUCAGCUUGCUAGGUGGAGGCACAGUGCAAAUUGGAGACCCUUCCGGAAGAACGACUGCUCGUGCGCGUCAGGCUGCAGAUGUGCGGACCAUGCAAGUCGAGAGCAUAAAUCGCCAGCUCACCCAGCUCUGGACCAACGUCAGGUGCUUGGGCAUCAAGCACCAGUACGCGCCAGAGACAAGCAGGAAGCGACAGUUGCUCAACAACUCGAAAUGGCUGGAGAACCUCAGCGCUGUGGAGCUCAUGCGGGACCUGGGGUCAGGCAUGCGCCUGGGUACUAUGCUCAGCCGGGACUCAGUCAAGAUGCGCAUGGAGAGCGGCGAAGGCAUGUCCAUAUCUGAGUUCUCCUACCCGCUCUUCCAGGCCUACGACUGGUGGCACAUGUACGACAACAACGGCGUACAACUCCAGAUCGGCGGCUCAGAUCAGUACGGCAACAUCUGCGCAGGCAUGAAUGCUGUGUCGCACAUGCGCAAUAUCCACCAUCCCAACGCGUUGCAGCAAGCAGAACCGGAGCCACUUCGUGCAGCAUACGGCCUCACUACGCCCCUCCUCACCACCGCCUCGGGCGAAAAGUUUGGCAAGAGCGCAGGCAAUGCCGUAUGGCUUGACAAGACCAUGAUGAACUCUUUCGACUUGUAUCAAUAUUUUAUGCGCACCGCAGAUGCCGACAUUGAGCGCUAUCUGAAGCUGUUCACAUUCCUUCCCCUUGACGAAAUCUCCCUCCUCGUGGAGCAGCAACGUAAAGACGCUUCGAAACGCAUUGCGCAGCACGUUCUUGCAAAAGAGGUCGUCGAGCUUGCCCACGGCGCCCAGGACGCAAAAGUGGCAGAGACAGCGCACAGAGAAGCUUUCAGUCACGGUACAAACACCUUCGCUCUCGGCGCACUACGUAAGAUCUUAGGAACAGCUAAUCCCAACGGUGGGCUGGGUGCGCAAAAACAGCGGCUGACCGCAUUCGAUGCUAAGCUGUUGAAGUUUAAGCAAGAGUAUGCCGCCUCUUCAACAGUUCAGCCAACGUCUAGCACAUCUACCCCCAUCUCUUCGCAGACGAAGAACGAUUCUGUGGUCCACCUGCCGCUGUCUAUUCUAAAACCUGGAGCAUUUCCCCGUGUGCUUCACGCCGCUGGUCUCGCUUCCACGAAGAGCGAGGCGCAUCGUUUGAUCGCGAGCAAAGGCGCUUACGUUGUGGUUCCUAACUCCAGCAGUCAAACGUCUUCCACAAGUCUGAAAUGGGCGCCCAUCGAAGCGUCUUCUGAAGCAAACCCAGAGCACUACCUGAUCGACUUCGAAGCAUUGGUGUUGAGGAGCGGCAAGAGCAAGAUCCAGGUGGUGAAGGUCGUGAGCGAUGCGGAAUUCGAGAAGUAUGCUGUCGAGGCGAAAGCCAAGAAGGCGCAGGAAAAGUCAGAGCCGGAAGCGAAAGAAAAGUCAGAGCAGCAAGUAAAAGACAAGCUAGAGCAGGAAGCCAAAGACGACGCUGAGGAAGAGCAGAGCAAGAGUGCCGAGACGGCCGAGGCCGUUGUGAAGACACCGACUGGCGAAGCCGUGCCUUCCCAGCCGUCGUGAACGCGUGUAUACCAGUGUAAGAUAGCGGACCCUCUCCGCGCCUGUAUAGCAUCAGCAUAUAGACUCCAAAGUUCAAACCCGUGACACC